AUGGAUGAUCCCAGAGUCGGCAGUGUUCGACCUUCACCUGCAGAAGUUGUUAUAAGGAACAUGGUAAAAGCGUUGUUCAAAGAGAACAGCCCUGCUGCAUUAGAUAAAGGAAUGCUUCGAUGGAAUCUUCACAAAAAAGUACAGGCCCAUCCGUCUUGCACCCUUGCACUGGUCAAGAAAUUGGUCAAGCAACUGCAGAAGUGCAUUGAUGAGCUGCAGGCGUGUCUGCCCAAUAUGAACAUCAUUCCUAUCCUCCACACGCUCUACUAUGUGGUUCUACAGUCUCCCGUCAUCAUUUCGGCCAAACUCUACCAGACCAUUUACUGCUGUCUGAUGAAGCUGCUCAUUUUACCAGUUCCUGUUUGUGCCGUGGCCUUGAGCACACUGAAAAACAUCAGGACAGAGUUGUUCACUCCGGGCUCUUUGUAUCACAGAAGAGUGACUGCAGAGCAGAGCCUCAGUAAUGUCCACUUGAAACUCCAAGAGAAGGUGUUUCUUCUGGUUGACCCUCAGUGGUUCUCUGGCUCGCUGGAGGCCGUGGUGAGGGCUGACCUGGAGGUGUGCAACUCCCUCAGGGACCCUUUGCUUCAGAAAAGAAACACUGUGCUGAGGUUACUGCAGUUCGGCCUCGGAGAUUCCUGUCACAGCUCCACACUGCAGUACAGGCUGCAGUGUUUAGGAGACCAGAGUCUGGAAGACUUCUUUCAUCAGACUGUUCUCGCUGUGGAGAAGGGGGUCCAGGAAGGGCUGAAGGGCUGGAGAAACUACAUUGAUAAUCUGCAAACAAUUUAUGCCAAAAUUGUAUCUUCCUCUGACGAAGUGAUAGACCAUGAAGACAUCACAUUUCAUUCUAUAAACAUGCCUUACCCUGAAAUCAAUUUCAUCCUUUGGAAACAGGAAGAAGAACUGUGGGAUAUUCUGACAAAGUUCUCCCUGAGCUCAAGCUGUGACUUAGAUGAGAAAAACGGGCGUGCACUUGUGCAGUCCACAGACAAUGGCAUCAAGAAGGACUUCAAGGAGCACAGUGCCCCCUCUGAGUCUCCUCGGAGAAGUAUGAGCACCUUUUCCAGGAGGAAAGCUUUCAAGGAGACCAAAUCUGGCAACCAGCUCAGUCUGAUGCAUGACAAGAUGGAGAGCUUCUCUAAUAACUCCUUUUCCAGAGAGCAGCGUAGCCACACGGCCCUCAUUGUUGUUAUGGGAGAUGACCGCAUCCUGGGCAAACUGGCCUGUGCAUAUCGCAGCAUCCGGGAAAAGGAGUCCAAGCACAUAAGACUGACGAAGAAGAUGAAUUUGCAAUUCUAUUAUGUUCCAGUGGCUGAUGUCAGUCUGCAGCCUGACGCCUCAGUUCAGGAGGAAUCCAGACUAUCUAUCGCUGAAUUUUUGGGAAAAGCAGAUCCCUGGUACAACAGCAAUAUAAACAUUCUGCAAACAGCCAUCCCCAAAAUAGCAGGAAUGCACAUGGAUAAUAACAAACCUUCAGAGCAGAACCUCUUCUUUCUGGACACUCUGGCUUACUAUCUGCGCUGUGGUUUACAGAAAGUUAACCUGCCACUUUACAAAGUCUCGAUGACUCGCUGCAGUAAUGAGGUGAGCUCAGACAUAGAGGAGGUUUUUGUGUCCAGUCUAGAAGCAGAUGUGUCUGACUUUAAGCAUCUCAAAGCUAAAACAACAGAAACUUGCAAACAUAGACCCAGAAAGAGGUCAGUGGGCGUGUAUGGAGGUGUCAUGUCAGUCAGUUACCUACAGACAUAUGUGAGUAAACGGGAGCAGUGGAAAGGAGUCUGCCCAAUGGCAUGUAGUGCAGUCAUUACCUCUGAGCCAUCUGCAACACACGGUGAGGGCUGCCUUGGUGUCAAAUUUAAUUCUGUGAACCCAGGAGAGAACACAUCAGAGGAGAAAAUCUUCACCAAAAUCAUAAGCAUCAAAGCAAUGGAAAACAGGACUCUGGAAGUAUGUUUGGAUAAGGACUUAGCCAGGACAUACCGUGACAUCCAAAGGAUUGAAGUGUCUCCUUUUGUCGACCCAGGCUGUGACAUCAGCAGCAGGUUCAGCAUGAGCAUGACCCAGGACCUGCUUCUGAGCAAAUAUGAACAGUGCUGCCAGUUGAACCAGGAUGAGGAGGAACAGGCAGAUCGACGUCUCUCGCGCCCUGUUUCUGGCCGGUGCCUUCAGAUUCCUCCUCUCAGCCGCCAAGGCAUGCCUCCUUCCCUUCCUCACGCUCUACCUCCGCCACCUGGGCCUCAAGCCUACAGAAACUGGCCUCGUGAUGGGCACCAAGCAUCUCCUAACACUUGUAUGGAGCCCCCUGGUCGGCCUGCUAUCCAAACGCUACGACAAAAGGAGAACUUUGAUUGUCGGAUGUCUAGUUUUGUCUUCGACCAUCGCCCUGCUUUUUCCAGUCAUCCCGCCUGCCGAUGUGCACAAGACAGGCUGCAAUGA